AUGGAAGAAACUGAGAUAACCAUCAAGCAGCAGCAUCAGCAUCAGCAGCGUAAUCUGUAUCGUGAUAUAGAAGACAAUGGCGAAGCGGAUGAAGCAACUGCUCCCCUCAAGUCCAAGCCGCUGUCUCCUUCCACACACGUCUACGUCUAUCGUGGCAAGACCUUUGAACACGUUCCCAAAUGUGCCACACACGUGUGUUUGCAUCCCAGCAUUCGAGAAAUUCCCAAACUCUUUUUUGUGCAUUAUGCAAGCUUGACCGUGGUUCAAUUGAAUCUCGGAUUGCUGUCCAUUGGAGACAUGGCCUUUUGGAAUUGUUCUAGUUUGCAACAAAUAGUGAUUCCCUCCACGGUCAUUUCGAUUGGCCGCAAGGCACUGGCGGAGUGUGUGCAUUUGCAACAUGUGGAUUUGCCUCUUGGCUUGUUGACCCUGGGUGAUUCGGCGCUUGCCAAUUGCACCAGUUUGCAAUCCAUUAGUUUGCCCUCGUCGCUCGUGGAAAUGCGCAAACGGGCCUUUGAAAACUGCAUCCAGUUGAAUUUGGUGGAAUUGAGGAAUGGACUAGAAAUCAUUGGUGAAAUGGCCUUUCAAAACUGCGCCUCCUUGAUGCACGUUCAUUUGCCAAUUACUUUGAAAGCCAUUGGACAGUGCGCUUUUGCCAAAUGCACCCAGUUGUUGUCGGUGGAAAUGCCAAGAAAGAUUGACACGAUUGGUUACUCCUCCUUUGCCCAAUGUGAUAGUCUACGGAAUAUCAUCAUCCCCAAGACAUCGAAUAGCUUUGGAAAUCACAUGUUUGGAAGUCACACCAUUAUGGAAAAACAAUUUCCCCACCGAUCGAAUCUUUGGAAUACAUUGAAGCGACGAUUUGAGGGAUUGCCGCUACACCAAGUAUGUUACUCCCACUCGUACCAUCCGACUUUGCACACGAUUCGCAAACUCCACAGAGCCCUGGCCAAAGGAACGGACCCUACGGCAAGAGAUGCCUUUGGAUUGACUCCCUUUCACCUCUUGGCACUUUCGACCAAGUUGGACCUUCAUGUCUGGAUGGCCCUCAUGCAAUCCUCCAACAACAAUGCCCAAUUGGUCCAUGCCAAGGACUGCUGGAAUUGCUCUCCACUUUACUACCUUUGUGUCAACAGUGUCAUUAAUUCCACAGAAGUCCUGCGGUAUGUGGUCCGAUCGAGCAUUGAACAUCGACUGGGAUCGGUCGGCUGUUUGGAACAUUGGAAACUCCAAUUGAUUCGCAUGGUCCAAGAGGUCCACGAUCAUUUGCCAGUGGAGGAAAAGGUUUGCAAAAUGAAUCAAAUCUACUGUCAAUUGACGGUAUUCUUGUGGCGUGAAAAGGUCUCCCUCUUGGAACUGGCCUUGUGGAAAAGGACCAUUGAGGAUAAUUCUACUACCAAGGAGGUGUCCUCGAUGAGUCAUUAUCAUCCUUUUGAACCAUCAUCGUCAUCAUCAUCAUCGUCGUCGUCAUCAUCAUCCAACAGCAACGGCAACAAGGAAGAAGAAGAGGAACGAAGCGAAUACCGCAUUACGUGUGGCAUUGAAGUAGUUUCGUCCAAUGUGCUGCCAUUUCUUGGUGACAUGGAGCUGGAAAAGGUCAGUUGGUGA